CCGGUUGGAUUCCACGUGGUGCGCUUUCUAGUACCGAGAGAGAUACCAAAGGAAAGGGGCGGAGAACGUUGGGGUGGGGGGGAGAGAGAGAGCGCGCGCGUAGGUUUUGCGACGCUCUUGUUUUGCAGCAGCGUGGUCAGGCGCGGCUGCCGUAUUCCGAGGUGCGAGAUACCGGCUGUGUGUUAUUCUGUGUGUGUGUGGUGCGCGCGCGAGCGACUCGCCUGUUGGGUUCUUCAGGCGGCUGAGGGAAGCGGCCGCCACAGCAGCAACCGCCGCCUCCCCACACAAGGCACCGGCUCCGGCUCGCGCCUGGUCCCCGCGCACGCGGCAGCCGCCCUCCCCUUCCCUCGCCUCCUUCACCUGGAUGGUCCGCGUCGCGGCGGCCGGGCCUCCUCCUCCUCCUUCUCCCUCACCCUCUCCCUCUCCUCCUCCUCCCUGGUGCCUGUGGCGGCGGCGGGCGGGGGCUCCUCACGGCCGGGUGUCGUCUGAGGAGGCGGCGGCGGGUGCGGGCGCUGAAUGAAGAUGGACUAUGACUUCAAGGUGAAGCUGACCGGGGAGCGCGAGCGCGUGGAGGACCUCUUCGAGUACGAGGGCUGCAAGGUGGGCAGGGGCACCUACGGGCACGUCUACAAGGCCAAGCGGAAAGACGGGUGAGUGGACGGGCCAGCGGCUCGCAUAUACGCACAGAGAGAGACAGAGCCCAAAUUCAGUGGUGCAGUGACCGUAACGCGAAAGGGAAACCCGGGAAUGCCGCUGCAACGGAGCGUCAAACGGUGCAGCCCAUUUAGCUUAGGGUGGACUCCGGGCGGGUGGGCAGUUUGCCAUGAUGGUCGCCUCAGCCCACGGAGGGGGAGGGUGUCUCUUAUUCUUCCCUUUCCCCGCCCCUGUCCCUGCUUUCCGUUUCCCUCAAAUGCCUUUCUUCCCUUUCUUUUCUCUCCCCCACCCCCCUCCGCGGUCUUUUCCCUCCUCCUCGGAGCCGCCCCUGAGGGCUUUCCUGUCUGCCACGCUGUCUGCCUUUGCUGAGAGCGCGCUCCGGGUGGAUGGGGGGCUGCGUGAAACUCUUCCCCCUCCCCGGCGCCUUCUUGGCUUUUGUGAGGAGGAGAUCCCACUUGGGCAGUUCCCUAAAAGUCUGUUCACGGCAAGCGUGUCCGCCUUGUGCUGGCGUGUGUUUAAAGAGCCUUACGACGCCCUAAGGGCUAACAGGUUCAUAUGCGGAUUUUUUUGGACUAGAGCCCUUUUUAUAUAUACGGUAUAAAGACAAUGAGGAAUGCUGUAGUCCCUGGAAGCUCACGCCACAGCUACUCUGUUAGCUUGUAGGGUAGAGUAAGGGCCCUCCAAAUGUUGUGAACCUUUCCAAUGGUUUGGGAUGGUGGGAACUGUAGUGCCCCACCAUCACUAGGGUGUCACAAGACUGCUCUUUCUGUCUAGGUCCUAGGAAAUAUAGGAAGCUGCUUUAUGCCGUAUUAGACUAUUUCAUAUGUAUUGUUAGCGCUGACUGGCGACAUCUCUCCAGGCUCUCUGGCAGAGAAAUGCGUUUCCCAUCAGCUGAUGCUUUUUAAAACUGGAGAUGCCAUGGACCUGAGUGCAACUGCAGGAAAGGCACAGGCUCUGCCAUUGAGCUCUAGUUUUUACUUGUAAGAAAGUCCCACCUUCACACCUACCCCCUGGUAACUCCUGCUGCAUCUCUGUGCAUACACCAUGUGUUUUGUAUUACUGUACUUCCCAUUUCUUUUCUAAUUAUAUUCCUCUUCUUUUUGCCUCCUUAAUCCCUUCUUCCUUCCCUAUCUUUUUGUCUGCCACCUAAUCGCUUCUUUGUCCCUCAUACUCCAUUUAUUUUUCAGUGUGAUUGGUCCCAGCACUUCUACCUCGGUUUAAUCACUUAAGAAAUAGUUAUCACCUAGUCCUAGAGGCUUUUUGUCUUCCCCUCCCACCACUUUAGAAUUGCUUUCCCACAUGCAAGUUUGCAUGUGGGAAGGCAUGAGGCACUGAUAUUCUAAUAAUCAGACUAGGUGAAGUCUAAAAUGUGGCAAGGGGUAACUGAUCCUUAAAUAAUCUUAGAACAUAAUCUGUCUCUUCCUGCUUACCUUUGUAGAGUUAUGUCUGUGGCUUUCUCCUAAACAAUGCCUCUUGUCUCUCAUUCCACGAUUAGCACAUUCUUGAGUUUAUACCUGGCCGUCUUAGUAACUGUGGUUUUAUUACUAGUGGGGUUUUUUUAGCAGUUCUCAUCUUAUACCUUACAAAACAUCCUAUUAUAUUAGAUACAAUAAGUGACAGCCAGCAUGCAUCCAGCUGUAGAAAUCCUCUUGUGUAAUCUUUUGAAACAGAGCUCUCUCAGUUAAAUAAAUUGUUCUACUUAUUGCAGACCCACCCGGUUUCUGUUGUUUUUUUGCCAACCUGCAUUUGAUUUUCAUUACUUAAUAGCUUGUCACCAUUUUGUACUUCCUUGCUGACUGCUUCUGUGAAGGAUACAUACCAAUCAUCAUAGAGGGUUUGGUGAUUUUUUCUUUUGAAAUACAUCUUUUACCUUUUUCUUAGUAGAGCUGUGGGGAAAAGAAAUUGAAUUGGAGUUAGCUUCCCACACUUAACAAGAGAUAACUUGUUAAUUGUAACCUAAGUUGCAUUACCUAGCCUAGCAUUUUUGUAGCCAUAAGAAUCUGUAGUCUGCAUUUCUUAUUACUUCUGGGCAUUUUAUAUUCUAAAUGUUUAUGAAUUGUGGAAUCUUUAACAACAGAUUUAUCCUGCAGCUCCAGCUUCAUUUCUCUUAUGCUGGUUAUGGGUGAUGCACUUUAAUGAGCUUUCUAUAGUAACAAGUGAUACCUUAGUAUUUCCAGGGGAAAUGCAAUUUGCACAUGACUGUAGCAUGUUGGAAUCUGGGGAGGUUUUCACUAUGCAUAAGGAUGCAUGUGUGGUGGUCACUCACUAUGCAUAAGGAUGCAUGUAGUUGCUUGUGUAAAGGGGUAUUUUAAGGUUCCACAUGCUGAUACCAUGCUUCCCAAAUUGGACCUGAAGCCAUUUUGGUGGUUUUGAAGUAGGUAGGUAUUUAUGAACUUCACAACCAAAGUCUGGAUGUAGGGCAUGUUCAUCCACUUUCUUUAUUUUAAGAAUACAUUGCAGUGGUACCUCUGGAUGCAAACGGGAUCCAUUCCGGAGCUCCGUUUGCAUCCUGAAGUGAACGCAGCGCGGGUGGCGAUACGCCACUUCUGCGCGUGAUUCAUUUUGAUGCACAUAAUAUGAUGUAAAACCUGGAAGUAACACGCUCCAUUACUCCCGGGUCGCUGCGGAGUGCAACCAGAAAAUGUUCAUCCUGAAGCUACUUCAACCCGAGGUAUGACUGCAUUAGAAAAUUUUGAGGCUUGCCUAUUAAACCUCCCUAUUCCAAGUAUGUAGGUAAGACUUCAAAAUUAGUAUUUGAAAGACAUGACUGUUUCUUUUGUAUCAAAGAAUCUUUCCCUGGCAAGUUGUCAGAACUAUUUAAACCUUAAUUUGAUUAUUUAUAAACCCAACUUGCUUUCUGAUUAUUUACACAUGAGUAUAUGCAAUGUGUAGACAUUCUGUAAACGACAUUCACAGGAGCAUACUGACUUUGGAACGAACUUGGUUUCCCCCUCCCCCCAUCUGUGAUUCUCUGGGUGGCUAUCUGUCAUGUAUGAUUUAGUUGAGAUUCCUGCAUUGCAGGGGGCUGGACUAGUUGACCCUUAGGGUUCCUUCCAGCUCAACAGUUACGUGAUUCUGUGAAAGGCAAUUAUGCCUUUGUAUGUGCCACCAUACAUAAAAUAACUUGCUAUUCUAUAUUACACGUUUGUGCAAAUUACUCUAAUGAUGUAAAUCUUGAUAAAAUCUGACACUGACAUAUUCAAAUACUAAAGUAUUUACAGUUCUUGAGGGCAAACCUGUUGCUGCUCAGACAGCUUACCCUUUAAAGGUCAACAGUGUCAUCCAAUGGCGCCUGUCCAUUGGUGGAAAUUAAUGGAAGGCAUCAGUCAGCAGAAGUGGAAUGGAGGCAGUUUUAGUGAUCCCUACCAAUCUAAGUUGAGGUCUUUCAGGGGUUCAGCAUCUCCUUGAAACUCACAAUGAUAAGCAAAAUGCUUUGAAACAAUCUUCUGUUGUGAUUAAUGUAUAAAUUACACCUCAAUCCUGUGUGCUACUUGGUAUUUGUUUCUAUGUGAAUAAUAAAUUUUUAAGUUCAGUUCAAUAUUAUUCUAAACUUAAUAGCUUUCAGUUUGCUUUAAAAACUAUAGGUAACUUGCAGCUUACAUACAUUUAACUUGUGUGCAAUCAGCUUUAUGUACUCAUCAAAAUAAAAAUAAAUCAAUAAAAGGGGACAGAAAGUGGGCUGGCAUCUGGGAAAAAAGACUUUGGCAAUCCCACCAGCCAUUGAACCCAGUGUGUUUUGACUAUAUGUGAUUUUGGCAUAACUGCCAAAUAACUUAAGAGUCGCUUGUAAUUUAAAUGUAGCUAGUGUUCCAUGUAUGAAUAUUGAAUUAUGUCUUUAGGUUACUCUAGUGGUGCUCUUUUUAUUUGCCAGUUUCAAUGUGCAAAAAAACCCCAAUAUAAUGAGGUUGCGUUUUUUUAUAUGAUGUGCAUAUUAGAUUUUUGAAAGUGUUCUCCAGUUCAAUCAAAAUAAAAAGGGAUCCUCAUAACUACAAAAGCAACUUCUUAGUUAUUUGAGUGCAGAAUCCAUGACCGAUAGCUUUGUAUGCUAAUACAGCUCCUGAAAGGGAAGUAGGUCAGGUAAGUUGUGUUUUGCUGUGUGUCAUUUGCAACCCUUUUGAAACAUCUCCCAUAUUUUUAUUAACGUAGUGUUGCUCCAAAAAAGCUGGUUUCCCCCAGGAACACACUACUCCAACACCCAGUUCUAUGCAUUUACCUGAUGGUGGCUUUUCGUGCCAUAGCAGUCUUGAGGGCAGUAUCUUGAGUUAUUUUACAUUUUAACAAUUAUCCCAUCUUGCUAUACAGUCUAGACCACUGAUGGCUUAACAGUGAUAGAAAAUGAAUAAAAAAGUAAACAUAAGACAAACAUUUAAAGGAGCAGGAUCAAUAGCUAGCAAGUCUCGCAGCAGUUCCCAACCUGUGGGUCCCCAGAUGUUGUUGGACUACAACUCCCAGCAUCCCUGAGCUCUGGCCUUGCUUGCUAGGGGUGAUGGCAGUUGUAGUUCAACAACAUCUGGGGACCCACAGGUUGAGAAAGGCUGCAAGGCAAUACUUUAUCAUUUUUUAAAAAACCUCUCUGAAAUACCUGUAGUCCCCUAAAGCCAAGCAGUUAAGAAACCAAGUGGCCCUCUUUUAGAAAGGAUUUCCCUGAGAAGUACUUUUGCUUAUAUAACCACUCACCACACCUUGGAUAACAAGGGAACACAUAACAGGAUAUGAUGCUGAACUAAGUGAAUGGGAGUUUCUAUGGGAGGAGAUGAACCCUUAAGGUACAAUAAUGUUUAGAGUCAAAGCUAGCUCUCUGAAUGGAAACCAAAUAAGAGUCAGUGAAGAUGAGGCAGUAUAGUGGAAUGCUGUGCUCCUUGCCACAGACUUCAGUUUAUAGUUUUGACAGAUGCAUUUGAAUCAUUUAGGUUUCCAAAUGCUCUUCAGAGACAAACACAUCACAGUAUUCUAAUAUGGAUGUUUUAAAAGCAUUAGUGACACAUCUUUUUUUGUCUAGGAAAUGGAGGGUGCAAUUGGCAUACUAGCCAAAGCUGGUAUAAAGUGUUCCUAGCCAAUGUUAAUUCUUGGAGAUCCAGGAGUGGUACCUGACCUAGAAGCGCUCCCAAGCUGUGGACCUGAUUCUUAAGGGAUAGCAGUGUGAACCCAUUCCGAGCAGGUUCUGUGACUAUCUUAGGAUCAUGUAAGAUGGCUUUGAGUGCACACAACUGUGACAAUCUGAUAUAGUUGUCAUUGCAACAAAUUUGUAGCUUUGUAGUUGGUUUAGUUGUUAUAUGAAUGGACAGUGUAGUCUGAUACCUUCAGUGCUUAAGUUAUUGAGAAUGGGGAAGUAAGGAGGGGGCCUUUUUAAAGUCAUGAACCCUCCAAACUUUAGUUGAGUCAUGACACAACACCAACAGCCUUCUAAAACACUUGGUGAGUGUUUCCCCUUGCUGCCACCCCCCAGUAACAUGAACAUUGAUUACCUGGUCAUCCAAUCUUGACAGUUUAACUUCAGAUGGUUCAGCAAAGAAAAAUCCCAAGACACACAAAAACUUGAUUUAGUUCAUAAGCAGUUCUUUUACUGUAUUUUUAAAUAGUCAGUGCAAUAUUAAGAAUUGAGUGGCUGGAAAUAAAACAUACUCAUCACACAUCCUUGGGUCUGUCUCCCUAGGGUAAAACCAUCUGUUUAUUUACACCCCCUUCUUCUUGGUUUUUAACUGCUUAGCAGAUCUAUUUAGCAGAUCCAUCACCUGUGACAACUAGCAGUUUAAGCCCAAACAUUACACAUUUUAUUGACUCAGACGAUUGGUGCAUCUAGCCCUUUACAACAGUGGCUCUCCAAUAUCUUUCCUAGAGCUGCUGCCUGAGGCAUUUUAGGUACAUAUGACAGAGAUUGAAUCUGGGACCUUGUAUUUAAAAUGGAGUUACUUGUGCUUUAAAACAGUCACAAAAACUGAGCUUCAUAUAGGGGUUCUGACGUAAACAUAUAAAUUUUAUAAAGCUGUUAAGGAAUGAAAUGAUCAGUGACUUUGAACUAUUGAAUCACAUGUACACAACUAAUUGCAUAUCUGAAAUAAGAGUGUGCAUAAGGUACUUCCAGAAUUUUAGCUACAAACCAAUUAUGUAGAAAUCAGGGCCAAACCAGGCAAGACAGAAUUUCCAGCUUUUAAAAAGUAAAAUAGUUGUGGAGGGCAGGGACUGAUCAAGACUGAGAUCACAAGUGGGGGCAAAGGGCUAAAGUCUCCCUACCCUGUCCCACACUAGUUUCUUGAUCCAGAUCAGGGUCCCUGCACUGCUAAUUACUUUAAGAAGCCAUUAAUGCAGCUGCUUAUUCUGUGAAUGGUGACUUGCCUGGUUUGGCCCUCAGUCUUAUUAAAUGACCUACUAUCUUUCAUAUGGAAUUUUCAAAUUCCAGAUCAUUAUCUUAUGCAGCAUCUGUGAAAAUGGUCAUGAUUAGGAACUUUAGACUACAGUCAUAACUCGUGUUACGUUUGCUUCAUGUUAUGUUUUUUCAGGUUGCGUCCCGCGACGACCCGGAAGUACCGGAAAGGGUUACUUCCAGGUUUAGCCGCUCGCGCAUGCGCAGACGCGCAAAAUGAUGUCACGCACAUGCGCAGAAGCAGCGAGUCGCAACCCACGCGUGCGCAGACGCGCCGCUGCAGGUUGCAUUCCUUUCAUGUUGCAAAUGGGCCUCCGGAACGGAUCCCGUUCGCAACCAGAGGUACCACUGUAAUAUUCUUUCUUAUUUAGAUGAAGGACCCAUCAAGCGUGUCACUGUAUCCAGGAGGAUCUAGUUUCAGAUAAUUGUAUGAUGCAGAUGUAUUUUUAAUAUUUUGAAGUAUUUAGUGGUAAGAGAAUAUACAUUCUUAUUUCUAUUAACCUUAAUUUUGCUCAAGCAAAAUUUGAAUUGCUAGGUUCUGUUCACUAGCCUGAUUUCAGGCACUGUCUUCAGUGUUUUUCAAGGCAUGUUUUCAUGAUAGGUGAAGUUUGGUUUGCAAUGCAGCAGGUGUACUCUGACCAUAAUACUAUCGCCAUUAAUAGAACUUAAUAUCCUUUAAAGCCUUCUAGUCCUUUUGAUCCUGUUUAUGUUGUUGACUGUCACCAGCACUUUGGCAGGAAGUAAGCUUAACAGUUUGGUUGUGUGCAGCAAAUAAUUCCCUGUUGCUUAUUUUAGGUUCCCUGCAUGUUAUGCUCACUCAUACAGAGCACCAUGCAACACACUAAACAAAUGGUCUUUCCCAUUCUGUGUAUUGGCCACGAUCCUAUUUUCCUCCAUUCUAUGCUAAAUGGUUCCAUUUCUCUUUCAUACUGUUGAUCCUAUCUCCUCUUACUUUGUGCCUGCCUUUUAUUAUGCAGUGUUUAUGAUAAAUGAUUGCUUUUUUAAGGCUUAUAAUAUUUUUUAUUUUCUAAAUAACCUAGUUAAAGUUAAGCUUGAAAAGAAGCGAGUUCAACCUACACUUAUUGGGUCAGGCCUGGUAUCAGUGGCUGACAGCCAGGUUGGGCAUUGGUUGAGGGUCCCAGGUCUCAGAAGGGCCUUCCUGCCAGGCCCAGGUGACCUGCUGAGGCACUGCUUGGCUUUCAAACUCUACUUGCAUCCACAACAGCCAGCUAGCCGCCUGGCCCUCUCAGCUGCUUUGUCUGAGCUCUGAGAAGGGGUCAAGGGGUUCCUUCUCAGAGCCAGAAAUUCUGGGCGAUGCUUGUGCUGCACCUGUGGUUUGCCAUGACUGCUAGAAAGACCAGAGGGGGAAUUUAAAUUAAUUGCUGAGGCAAACCCUAGCAGUGGCACAGGUCACCUCACCCAGAAUGGCUCACUGUCACUGAAGAAGAACCCCUUUGGCUCCUUUCUCAGAGUCAAGUGCUGAGGAGGUGGCAAAGAAGCUAUCCGCAUUGCUGCUGCUUACUGCACCAGUGAAUUCUCUUUCUUCAAGUAAAAUGGGUGUAGGCAGAGAGCAGGAAGAAUAGGCAGUAGCAGGGUGAAAGAGUAUGCUGCAAAAAUAAGGAUGGAGGCAUUGGCCAUCUGAAGCCUGGUGCUAUCCCUGUUUUGGGUGUUAUCCGGCUUUAGCCAUAAACAGAGCCGACCCACUGAAAUCAGUGAACUUAAGUAGUUUAAGUCCAUUGAUUUCAGUGGGUCUACAGGGUAUGGCAUACUUGGACAGUACCUAUUCUCUCUUGAAAACGGAAAGAUCAACAGUUUGCAUAGUUCUCAAACUAUGAAUAUUUGUGUUCUCUAAACAAAGACAGUCUUUGUCUUAUGCACAUGAACUGCUAUGUCCAGUAACUAGCAGCUGUGUCUAAGCAGUAAAAGAGAUGAGAGCUGGGAGUUGAAAAAAGAGGGAAAAUGUAUUUCUGGGAACUCAGAAUUGUUGCAAAUGUGACAAUUAUGUAGCAGUUAAUAAAUAUCAAGAUUUUUUUUCAAGGGCAGGUGCAAGUCUUUCUCAAUAAUAUCCUCCCUUUUUGUUUAAUAUUUACAUAAAUGAGGUCAUCUGUUAACUUAAACAUGAACUUUCCUCUCUAGACUUUUGUAUGGCUUUCAGGUUCUGAUUUUGUCUUGCAGGGCAAUUCCAGAAAGUGGUUCUGAGAAAUGUAUACAGGAUUUCAUGUUGUCUUUUCCACUGUGUGCUUUUUAACAUUUACAUGAAACUAACAGAUACAGUUUGAAGUGCAGUGUUCAAGACAAUAGAUUACAAAAUAAGAACAUUAAACUUUAAGUGCAGCUAAUCCUCAGUUAUGAGUUAGCACCUACCUUGAUCAAAAUGCCAUGCAGAUUAGUUGCACUCUCUAGUUCUUGAGAGUUUCAUUGCAUUCUUCUAUGUUAAAUAACUUGCUUAUUGGAGCAUUAGCCAGUAACCUCUAUCACAGUGAAGAUUUCAGUUUAGUUGCAAAAAAUCAAGUCUUGCUAACAAUCACUCAGUCAUGUUUUAGUGCAACAGUUGAGAAUCUCUACCCCCCAAGCCUAAUGAGGCCAAACAGACCUCCCCAUUUGGUCCACAGCAUAGUUUGACCCAAACCACACCCAUCUGUCUUAUCACCUGAUGUCAUAUGAUGUUGGGCACAUGGCAGGUAAGGUCAUGGGGGCUAAAUUGAAAACAAAUAAUUGAGAUUGCAGUCUAAAUUGUGUACUUAGUUAUUUCUCUUCUGAUGCUUGUGGAAGUGGUUGUAUUUGAAUUUGACAAUUUUUUUCUGGAGUUCUUGAUUUUUCCUUUUGAAGUUGAAUCACCUGACAUCAUACGAUGUAAUGUUGCUGACAACUGGUGGACUGCCCUUCCUACCUGACAAAGUGACAAGUAGUGGUGCUGUGGCUCUGGCCCAUUGGCUGAAUCCAGUUCCCCAGUACCUCGGGUUAAGAACUUUGCUUCAGGAUGAGAACAGAAAUCAUGCUCCGGCGGCAGCAGGAGGCCCCAUUAGCUAAAGUGGUGCUUCAGGUUAAGAACAGUUUCAGGUUAAGAACAGACCUCCGGAACGAAUUAAGUCCUUAACCCGAGGUACCACUGUAAAUGGACGGGAUGUAGAGCGUAGAGUCCCCUAGGUUUUAGUAUUGGGACCAUUGUUUUUUAACUUGUUCAUAAAUGAUUUAGCCUUGGUGUGAACAGUAACAUAGCAAAAUUUGCCAAUGAUACCCAGUUGUUCAAAGUGGUUUAAGCAAAAAACAGUUGUGAAAAGCUUCAACAGGUUCUCUCAAAACUGAGUGAAUCGGCAGUAAAAUGGCAAAUGCAAUUCAAUGUAAAUAAGUAUAAAAUAAUACAUAUUGGGGCAAAAGCUUUAUUUCACACAUACACUUACGUGGUCCGAACUGGUGAUGACUGACUAGGAAUGAAGCCUUGUGGUUGUAGUGGAUGGCUAGAUGCUGCAACCUUUCCUCAUAGAAGAAACCUUUCCCAACACUACCAUAUCCUUUUUGAGGUGAGAUGAUCAGAACUAUGUACAAUUUUAGUCUGGAGUAAAGGCGAGUAAGAGGUGACAUGAUAUAAGUUUAUCAAAUUCUGCAUGUUUUGGAGAAAGUAGUCAAAGAAAAGUUUGGCUCAUUGUGCUAGAACUCAUGGACUUCCAGUGAAGACAUCUACAAGCGAAUUAAAAGAAAGAAGGCAGUUUUAGAAGGCCAAUAUUCUGUUUCUCACCAUCCAUUUGGGGGAAGAAUGAAGAAUCACAAGUCCUAGCUUAUAUUAUUUAAGAGCAGCUACAACAGACCUAGAUUAAUUAAGCAAAGACCAGAAAAUAAACACCAGGGGUUUUAUUGAUCUUGUACAUUUAAAUCUUUCGCUUCUUCCAAGAAGCUCAGGGUGUUGUAUAUGCUUUUCCCAUCAUACGCUCUUUAAAAUUAAAUUUAAAAUUCAGAAUCCCACCCAGGAAAUUAUAAUUAUUAAUAUUAAUAAAUAUACAUUUAUAUCUCUCAUUUCUUCCAACCUGGAACCCAAGGUGGCAUACAUGAGGCAUCAAUCUCUUGAGGCACUGAUCAGACAGACACCUCCUUAACUUCAGCAACACUAGAGUUCUGUGCUUUCAGGCUGUGCUCUGGGACCUGAUUUUUUUUGUUCAAAAUCGGAAAUUUCAGGUGUGAUUUCAGGUACUGUAGUGCCUUUUGGCAAACUGAGUAAAGAAACUUAGUGUGACACUUCUGUGGCUUUUCUAUUCUGUCAGUAAAAUGCACUGAGAGACGGCCCUAUUUCUGAUCUCAUUUCUCAAUAAGGCAGCUUUAAAACCACAGGUGCUUGCUUUGUGUAACAGGCAAUGUGGAGGAAGUUACAUUUAUACCAGAAAGUUAGUAUGAAGGCAGGUGGGAAAGGUAACAAGAUAUGUGACCACAUCCUGGGAGAACAUCUUUAUUUAGUGCUGUGAUGCAGAAUCAUCUUGGAUUAUUGCCUCUUCGUGAGAUAGAUAAUGGGUUUAAGUAUUAGAUUGCAAAGUGCAUGCUUCCUUAAUCAAGGCUGAUGCAAUUUUCUAAUUAACAGUGUAUUAGAAUAUAUUGGUAAUAUCCUGCCAAAAGCAAGAGCCAUUAUGAUGUAGUGGUUACCGUGUGGGAGUCAUAAAGUUUACUAUGAUUCUAAUCCAUUGCUCUGUCUCUUGAGCUCAGUUACAGGGCUGCUGUGAGGCUAAGAUGGGGAAACCACAUACAACACCCUGAGCUUCUUUUAAUUCAUUUGUAGCUGUCUUGGUUCCAGGAAUUAAGGUUGACCAUACCAGGUUUAAUGUUCCGACAGAAUUAAAAACCUGAAUGUCUUCCAGUGGCAUUAAGUAUUCUUUCCUUAUAGUUGUCCAGAUUUUGAGCUUCUAGUCUUCUAAAGUUCUUUGUGUGAAAUUUGAUAUGAAGCCUGCAAUCUAGCAACCAGUUUAGAAUCCUGGGAAUUGUGGAUUCUGUGUUAGGGGAAGGAAAAUGAGUUGACAGUCUUCGGGGAUGGAAGUGAUCCCAAUAACCCAACAAACUGUUUGCGCAGCCUCCUACUAUUGUGAACCACCCUGAGAUCUGCGGAUGAAGGGCAGCAUACACAUUUAAUAAAUAAUAAUAAUACUUUUGCUAGCUAAAGUCUAUAAAUGACUAUGAAUGCAAGCAGUCAACAGCGUAGAAGCACCUACUUUGCUUAGUCUACUCAGAGUCCCUACAAAAGGAGACAGUGCACCUUAAAAUUUAGCAUGUUUUCUCCUCAUGCCAGAUACUUAACCAUAUACUGCCAUUGACCAUUACUUAUAUUUGUCCUCCCAGUACUUCACUGCUUCUUGAAAAUCAUGUCCAAGUGCUACAAAAACAUCAAGUUCAAAAUAAAGCGUGAAGGAAAUGUUCAUAUGUUGCUGCCCAUUAUUCUUCACUUGGCUUCUGCAUUCAGAAUUACCUGUGUUCUCUGCUGUCAUGUUAAACAAGCAUUUUGUAGCUCCCCAUAAAAUAUCCUUAUAAAUUGGAUAGCAUAUGCUUAACUGCCUCCCAUAGGAACAAAUGAAACUUGAAUAUUUUUAACUUUAGCUUCCUUGGAAACCUGCUGAAAUGCACUGUGUAAAGACAUUGGGUCAGAUCCAGACUUGCUUUUCUGCAAGUGUAAGGUGUCCUUCUGUUUGUGCAGGUAUUUCUGGUCCAGUGGGGGCUGUUUCUGGUUAUAGUGUUUCUGAUUUUCCCUGUAGCACCCCGUGUCACCUUCCACACUGUCCUAAAGGGUCCCCUAGCCAACCAGUCCUUUUUGACCUUGACUAAAUAUGAGCUGGGAGGAGGUUUUGGUGCUUGCUUUAUGCAAGACAAGUGCCUUGUUGGAACAGAUGCAUGAGAAGAUGGAUUUGAUGAAUGAGAAAAUGGAUUUGAUGACUGUUGUGGUUAAUAACUGUGAACAAACAGGGAAUAUUGAUACAGAAAUUAUUCAGGGACCAACUCAGGAACCUGUACUGACUGGGCAAGUGCAGAAGAUAAUGGAGGAGGUUGCGGUUGCACCUCAAAUAAUACAAAUGGAGAGACCCGAGGCCCUACAGGGGCAUAAGCCACUGUCUUUGAAGAUUGGAGUGGGCCAAGGGGAGUCUGGAGCUGAGGAGGUUUUUAACUUUGGAGAGACCUUGAAAUAUGCUUUUAAAUAUUUUUUGGACUACAUCGAUGACUGUGGGGAGUGGGACUGUGGGGAAUGGGCUGGUUUGAUGAAGGGAGACGGAGAUAAUUUUGGGUUGGAAUCCCCCAGAGCCCUACCCCUCAAUGAGAAAGGAAAGAAAUUAAGAAAGAGACCAACAAAAGACAAGGAAAAAUGCAAGUAUAAACAAGAAGAAGAAGAUCUGCAGAAGGGACAUGGAAGAGACUUAAGGGCCUCGGACAUAAGAUCACCAGGUUGAUGGACUAGAUGGAAUGGACAGUAAGGACUGACACGACCCGAGACCAGGAAGAAGAGAUGUUGGAUGAAGAUUGGAAGAAAAUUUAUAAAGAAUUUUUCUUUUCUAGGGAAUUAGCCUAAAAUUAAUGAAUAUUAGGGGAAAUGUUGGAAUGAAACUAUAUGACUCUAGUAGAAAUGAUAUCAGGAGUUAUGUAUAAUCGAGUUUUAAGCUUUAAAGUAUUUUUUGGUAAGAUAAGGUUAAAUAAAUUAAGGUAAUUUGAAUAACAGAAUAUGGGGAAAAGAUGGAAAGGAUUUGUUGAGUUAAUUAAUAGGUUAAAUUGUUAAGAUAAAUUAUUUAAUAAAAAUUGAGAAAGAUGGAAAGAAUUUGCUGAAAUAACUAAUCAAACUAGAAUACAAAAAGGGCGGUGUGAGGAGGUCAAUGAAACAAGCAAAUGGAAGUUAAAGAUAUAUAAAUAUGGGAUUUGUGUCUUUUUUUCUUUUUUUAUCUUUUUGUUGUAUUGUUCAAUUGGUUUUUAUGUUUUGCUUUUUUAAAUUCUUUUUUAUGUAUUGUAGUGUUGUUUUUAAUUUUUUCCUUUCUUUUCUGUAACUUUGAAAUUAUUAAUAAAUAUAUAUAUAUAUUUUAAAAAGGGUCCCCUAGCCUUUGGGGGUUAAAAGAAGAAGAGAAAAUGAGCAAAUAACUUCCCGUCCCCAACAUAGUGACUUGUGAGUCGCACUCAUUAGAUUUCUGGAUCUAGGCCAUAUUGGGGUGAAGUUUAAGCAUAUGCCAUAAAAUGUGAGCAAAGAUGCAACUAAAUUUUGCAGAACCAGUUUGUUUACUUCCGAGGCAAUUUAAAGUAUCUGUUUAUAGCUGAGUGACUGGGAAUAAAUUCAUUAUUUGAUCCCACACCCACCCUGUCUCAGCAACGCAGCAGUGUCUGUUCCCUGGACCCCAGUUAGACAAAUUUAUCCCAUUCUUACCUGGGUUAGUUCCCUUAUCAAACUUUGACUUUGUGAAAGCUGUAAAAUAUCUUAACACUGCAAAAGCCGAAAUCCUGGAAUGACCUGUGUGGUGAGUGUUCUGUUAUGAAACCCAAUUUAAAUGCUACUCCAGAGAACUGUGAAGUCAAAGCACUUAGAAAAUGAGGGACUGCAUUGCUAAUAAAAGCAGAGACGACCACAAAAGUCAUGUCUGUGCACUGCUUUUUUCCGCUUUUAUUUGUUAGAAAAUUAUGAAUGAUUCAGCAUAAGUGUUUUUCAGGACAAAUACUUCUUUCUGGGGUGGGAAGUUUUGUGGUCGGAUUGGACUCUCAUGUAUUCAGUUUAAAAUUCAACUCUAAAUAUUUUUCCUAUACUUGCUUGGUUUCUGUUCCCAUUACAAACACUUAAUUGUGUGUUUGAUUCUAAAUAGUGCUCAUAAGGCUACUUUUGCAUUUACAGUGCACUUUUUGAAGAUUGUUCUCUUUCACAGGAAAGAUGAUAAAGAUUAUGCUCUAAAGCAAAUAGAAGGUACUGGAAUUUCUAUGUCUGCAUGCAGAGAAAUAGCAGUAAGUAAUUUUAAUGGUAAAUUAAGCCUUUUUCAUUAGUGAAUAUGAUUUCAUUUAUGGCCACAUGCAACACAUUUUCAUAUAUGGAAGAUACAGUAUAUAUUGCAUCUAAAAGCUUUAUAUUAAAAUACAAUUCAAUUCGCUGCAUCUCCAGGUAGGAUUGGGAAAGACCCCUGUCUGAAACCCCAGAGAGUUUCUGCCAGUGAGUGUGUACAAUUGUCUGAUUUGUUAUACAGGAGCUUUGUGUGAUGCUAUAUGGAAAAUGCAGUUGAUUAGUGCAUAAUGCCAUGAUUUGUAUAAGCAUAAUUUCAGUAGCAUCAUUGCAUCCUGAGGGAGGUACAUUUGACCUAGUUGUAGUCUGGUUUAUGUCUUUAUAGACAUAAACUCUUUAUACCACCUUAAUUAAAAUGAAGCCCAUAUUCUUUUUUCUUUUCUUUUGUUCAUUCAUUCUUUGUUGUGGAUUAAGAGCAUCAAAGAUAAAUUCUGAAAAACCAGCAUAUUUAAAGAACUUAAAAUUAUAAAAAGAAUUGUCGAUUCUAUUUUCUGGCUUGUGUGUGAACACCUUCCUAAUAGAUAGCAUUUGUUUUACAGCUGCUUCGGGAGCUGAAACAUCCAAAUGUAAUUUCUCUGCAAAAAGUGUUUCUGUCUCAUGCUGAUAGAAAAGUGUGGCUUCUCUUUGACUAUGCGGAACAUGACCUUUGGGUAAGGAAGUCUGUUUGUUAGCAGGUAAUGGGCUAUGGUUAUUAUUGUUUGGAAACCAAUAAAUUGGUUCUGCAGCAGAUUGCUCAUCUCUGAAGCAUGCUACAAGGAAAGAAAAAGACCCAAGUGAUGUGUAAACCGCUCCAUAGUACACAGUGUUCCUUUCAUUUUCAUUCUUUGAAAUACACAUUUGUCCUUGAUUUGGGGCAACUUCACACAUCGCUUCAAACAUGGCAGUUUUCUGUGUGGGAAACUCUCCUCUUUUCCACUGUAUAUUUAAGCAUUCUGCAUCAGUUAAAUGUCACGGACUAUGAACAUGAAGAAUCACACUGCCUUAAAAUGUUUUAAAUAAACAUCAAUAAAUGCAAACAAAACAAUCAGCAUAUAACAGCACAAUUAACCGUUGGCAUUGUUGUUGUUGCUUUUAAAAAAAUAAUAGAACCCAAGAAAUACUUUUCAAUGCGUGGUGAAGUUUUUGCUUGUGCCUAAAAGAAAAGAAGUUGGUACCAAGUAUUAAUGAGCACAAAAAUUACAUGAUGUUGUUCUUUGAGCCUGGGUCAGCAACUAGUUUGGCCAGAGGGAUGAUUUGGAGAAGGGAAUGUAUGUGGUUGGGCUAAUCUGCCUGAAAGUGGUUCUUAAGUCCUAAGCAGCUCUAAUACCAUCCUUCAAAGGGCUUAAUUGACCCAGUUGCUGGACCUUAUUUUGAGGAGCCUCAUUUAUGUUGGGUUUUUAGUAGUGAUUUGUUAAAGAAUAAAAGGAGAAUUCCCUGGAUUUUUCCGUGUACAAAUGUAUCUCUGCGUUAUUUGAGGGGCCUGCCUGGUGUUUUUACAUGGGUAGAAUGUGUCCUUUUAUUUAAAAUGCAUCUCUGGGUAAUUUGUGGGGCAUAGGAAUUCGUUCAUUUUCCCCCCUCCAAAAUAUAGUCUGACCCCCACAAGGUCUGAGGGAUAGUGGGCCGGCCCUCUGCUGAAAAAGUUCGCUGACCCCUGGUCUUAUACAUGGGGGCGUCUUAUACAUGGAAAAAUACGGUACUCUUUGGUGAGAGAGCCCCAGCAGAUGUUUAAAAUCACAAAACAUUCAGCAAAGUAAACUGUGGAAAUAUAGGCUGUUAGACCUUUAAAAUAACCCCUUUUAAGCUUCUUCCAAAGUUCUCCACUUCCCUUAGCAUAGAAAUAAACCACACAUAUAGUAAGUUAAAAAUGGUUUACUUACAAACUCCUUAAAGGUCAGAUUCAUGUUCUUUUCCAUGCAGCAGCAAUAAAAAACAGGCAGCACAACUUAUUUCCAAAAUGGUAUGGGUUUCUAAAUUAUUUUUAUUGAUACACAGGGAUGGCUUGCUAAAGUUACAUGGUCUAAGCUUGGAGCAUCCAGCUUAAGCAUUCUUAAUGGUUGGGUUCGCAUGGUGGAAAGGAAAAAGAGAACAGAGUUUGGUAGCCCUUUCUUCCAAGGUUGAGGGAGUAUGACCUAGCUAAGCCUGGCAGGCCUUCAUGCAUUAAUUAGAUUUAAGCAUGUUGGUUGUAUAUCCCACAAUUUAGACACCUGUCUGUUCAUAUUUGCAUGGUACUUGGCAAUUCCAGCAUAAUGUAUGGAUGCAAACAUGAGAAGAACACUUAUUUGUUAUCUCCUGCAUGGUUUGUAUGUGUUCUUCCUCACAAAGGCCCCAAGAAAAAUGUUAAUCGCUUUCAUAGUGGUUCUUUAUAAAGUCUUACUUCUCUUUCUCUAUUUUUACAGUAGUCGGUCUUAUAAAAUAUAAUUCUUAGAUUUUAACUUGAGCCUUAGUUUCAAGGAUCAGAUGAGAAAUGUUGGACCCUUAAACAACAUGUAUGCAGUAUCCAAAGAAGUUAAAGGAACUCUGAUCCCUGAUGAAUGAACUUUAAAGACUUUAUUAUUGUUAUUGCUAUCAGUAAGCUUGGGUCAGAUUGUCAAGAUGGAUGAAAUUAUAAAGAGAUGGACUAAAAAUUGUUUAAAAGUGUUUUUCUUUUAGACUUAAAUUUUGCUGGAAGCUUUAGUUUAUGAGUAAAAAAUGGCUGUACAGUUGAUAAGGUGGAAAUGCAUAGAUUCAUAGCAUUAUAAAUGUGUGCAGGUCUGCUUGUGAAGCUCCUGAACAAAUCAUGUUUCAGGUAUAUAUUUGACCUUUACUGUAUGAAUAGUUUUUCAUUCUUUAACAUGGUUAUACAGUAGUCAAAUCUUUAUAGUGUGAAUAGAGAAAUACAAUUUUAGAAUGGAGUCUUCAAGAUAUGGUCUCUCUGUUUUUGUUUUUGUUUAGUUUCUUUUCUUAUUGCAUUAUGAAAAAGCAUUCAAAUCUUAUUAAAAAUAAUAAAACACCCUAUUAAAUAAUCAAAAGAUGGCAAAAGGGGUUUGUGAGUGUGAGGAGAGUAUAAUACUAACACAAUGUGGUAUACAAGAUAGAUAAAAUUAAGAUGAGAAGAUAAUAGUAAUAUGAAGCUAAAGCACUAAACAUGAACACAGUGCUUAACUAAACGGGGGUUGGUUAAUUCUGUGGAGAAUUAUACAUGAUUUUGUUCAAAUCCCAAGAAAUGCCAUACUGGUUAAUGAACCCAGGAGGAUUUUAUUUGCUGAAGCAUUGCAUCAAAAUAUUUGUACCAGUCAUUAUUAACUAUGCUUGUUUUCUAUUUUUCAGCACAUAAUAAAGUUUCACAGAGCUUCUAAAGCAAACAAGAAGCCAGUUCAGUUACCUCGGGGAAUGGUGAAAUCUCUAUUAUAUCAAAUCCUAGAUGGUAUUCAUUACCUACAUGCUAACUGGGUGUUACACAGGGAUUUGGUAAGUAGAUCUACAGUGGGGAUUAGAAAUGGGUAUAAGGCUUAUAUGUAGUGAUGGUGCUUCAUAGAGGAUAUCAGGUACCGAGGCACUAAUGAUUUGCUUUAAUUUGUAAUUUGGCACUAUAAAUGUCUAAUGAAUAAUGUGUAUUUCUGUUACCUGGAAAAGAAAAUGGCCUCUUCCCAUAGGUGCUUUUACAUUGCCUCUUUAGCAAACAGAGCACAUUAAGAGCAAAAUUAAGCAUGACUGCAUAUUUGAAACUCUCGGAUUUUAUGUGGGAAAUAUUUAACAAGUCUAAUUUUCUGUGCAAGCUUUUUAAGAAUCUAAGAAUUGCCUUAGUGGGUCAGACCAGAGAGCUGUCUAGUUCAGGGAUGGAGAACCUGUGGCCCUCCAGAUGUUAUUAAACUCUUAAUUCUUAUCAGUCCUAGCCAACAUGGUCAGUGAUAAAGGAUAAUAGGUGUUGUAGUUCAGAACACCUGGAGGACCACAGCUUCCCAUUCCUGAUACAGUUUAUCACUAUUGCUAUAUAUGGUAAUUGCUAGCCAGAUAGCUCUUAAAGAUUCACAACCAGAAUGGUAGAGAUAGCCAUCUAUGAUGUUUGCCCUUAGCAUCUGGCAGUCUGAAAUUGAGUGCCUCUGAACAUGGUGGUACUGUUUUGCCUAAUUGCCACAGAAGACCCUCCCUCACAAAUUUGUAUAUUUUCCUAAGCUAAUGAGCAUCAACUUACCUUGCGGAAGCCUAAUAAGAUCAUAUUUUGGGGUGGGGGUGACGGCUUCUUUGUUUUUCUGGACGCCAGGCCCUUUCAUUGGAAAGAAAGGUACUUCAUUGUUACUGCAUUCUUUCAUUCCAUUGUCCAAUAGAUGUUUCAGGCAGUGCCAGUAUAAACAGGUUACAGUGUUGUCCCUACAUAAUAUUAAUCCUUGGUGGACUAAAAUAUUCAAGCAAACUUGGGUGUUGGAGUAAACAGUUGGAUGGUGUAUGUUUGAUCCAGCCCACUGUGGCCAUGGUGCCUAUGUGUGAAUCCCUGGAGAACAUAAGAGCUUGUUUCAUUCCUCCGUCUGAUUUCUGAGCCUACUGUUGACUGGAUUAACCUCUUUGUGUUCAACGCCCUACGCCCUAUCAGCUUGUGAGGAAGGAUUUCUUAUUUGUUUCAAAUUCAAGGCUGCAUUUAUUUGUAUAUACACAGCCAUUGCUCAAACAGUACCAAAAGUGGAUAAUUGUUUCUAUCAAAGUUAAUAUCAUGCAUGAAAUUAUUAAUCAGAAACCAAAGUUUCCCAUUGUAAAUAUUUGCCAGUAUGUGGAAAACAGAAGUGGAUGUCUCAAGAGAUGGGUAAAUUUAUUAGAGCCUAGUAGGUCAGUUGUUUUGAGUAUGGUCUAGACUAGCAGCUACCUCUAUUGGGCUGUUAUGAAAUGUACUGGUGGCCUCUGCUCAUUUGAAGUUUAGAAGUGCUGCAAAGCAACCAUAGGAGCAAGAAAAGGUUACUGAAAGAAGGGAUUUAGAGAAUUGCUGCUGAGUCCCAAAUCCAUAAAACAGCAUUUGGAGCUUGGAACUUCUUGCUCAUUUUAUAUAUACCUGGCCAUUUUGUAUGACCAAUGUCAUCCAUGUGAUGAAAUUAGAUACAAGAAAUGGGCUGCAUUGCCUAUUGCAAAAUAAUCAUCAGAUGAGACUCUAAAAUUAGAAUAGAGCACAGUAACACACCAAGCAUGGAUUGGCAGUCUCUAAACUUUGAAUAGUAAACAAGGCUUAGGUAAAGGUAAAGGGACCCCUGACCAUUAGAUCCAGUCGUGACCGACUCUGGGGUUGUGGCGCUCAUCUCGCUUUAUUGGCCAAGGGAGCCGGCGUACAGCUUCCGGGUCAUGUGGCCAGCAUGACUAAGCCGCUCCUGGCAAACCAGAGCAGCGCACGGAAACGCCGUUUACCUUCCUGCUGGAACGGUACCUAUUUAUCUACUUGCACUUUGAGGUGCUUUCGAACUGCUAGGUUGGCAGGAGCAGGGACCGAGCGGGAGCUCACCCCGUCGUGGAGAUUCGAACCGCCAACCUUCUGAUCAGCAAGUCCUACGCUCUGUGGUUUAACCCACAGCGCCACCCGCAUCCCAUAUAAACAAGGCUUAAAUUGGUGCAAAAACUUACUUACGACUCUUAGCAGUCUGUGACAUUUUUGCACAUUUGGAGCAAAUCUUGGAUUUCAGAACCCACCCCAAGAUUGUAGUUGAACCCGUCUAGCUAUAUUCAUUUCUGCUGGUGUUCAUAUAUUGCAUCUAAAGUUUUUCCUUUCUGUCUGUGUUAACCUAUGCAGUCACCAAGUAGUGGAACUAGAUUUUCCAAGACAUAAUGUUCUCCACAAGCUAUAAGAUUUGUGGCUACAAUUCAUUAGGCAGUUCUUAGAAAUCAGGCUGUCUUUGUGUGUAUAAUCUGCCAGAGACUGCUUCUUCAUUCAGAGAGCUUUGUGACUGCUUAUCAAAAAUGACGUGGAAACUGUGCUUCCCAGCAGGGUAGGAAAGACAGAGAGGCACUGCAAUAUAUAUUGUACUGUAUCAGAAGUUAAUAGAUAGUUGGUAUGUAGGUACAAACUAACUUUGCUUCUUCAACUUCCACAUCUCCAUUAAAAUAUUCUGAAGACUGAGGGUAGUAUUCAACUAACCAUUACUCUGCGCAUAUUCAUUUAAAUUAAUGAACCUGAUGUUAGGUCCACUCUGAGCAAAAUUUGGUAGAGUAUCACCCAGAGGUUUAACAGUCCAACCAUAUUCUAGUGAUAUACAGCCAAACAAGAAAGGUUAGAUUACUAACAAGUUCCUGACCUCUGAAGUACGAGCAGAAGUAAAUCCACAGUGUAUAGUUAGAAUCAUACCAAGUUUUCACUACAAGGAAUGAAGUGAGAAAGUAUUAAGCGUGAAGAUUAAAAUGGCAAAAGCCCUGAACAGAGCAGGUGGAACUAAUCUGUAAAAUAAUUGGAUGUGCCACGAAUAUGACUCAUAUAGUCCUUAAUUUACUUGACUGGAAAUGAUGGUCCACAGCACAUGUAAAUACCACAAGUUUUCAUUCCUGGGAAUAUGUUGUUUCAACUGAUUCAGCAUCCAUGCCACCUAAGUAGCAUUCUAAUUAGCUGUGUUCUGUCGAAAUCAUUAGGAUCUGGAUGCCUUAGUUGUAUGCUCACUUUGGGUGAGAUUUAAUACAGUUUGCAUUGAAAGACAGUAAAGCUGAAUUCCACCCAGUUCAAUAAAAAAGUUAGGCAGGCUUUGCUUUUUCUGGACUUAACUGUAAGCCUACAGAGCUGGAAACAAUCCUGCUUUGAAGGGCAAGGCAAACAAUCGUUUGGCUUGGAUCAAAUGGCAAAUGUGAUCAAACAAGAAAGUAACUGCACUAAAGUGUGAUGGGCAGUGCAUAAUUGGUCUUUGACUGAAACAAUCCAGGGUGUGCUCAUAAUAUUAGAAAUUUGUUUUUAUCUUAAUGGUCCAGGACCAUUAGUAUCACAGACAAAUCACAGCUCAUUGAGGGACUCAGGCUUUGAUAGAAGAAAACACAUCUUAAUUUUUUAACUAGGAAAGUCAGACAGUAUUUGUCUAAGCUAUUCAGACUUUUUCAAGUACUAGAAAAUUAAAUUAUACUUCAAUCAUAUUAGAUUUAGACUAUUUGGGGUUUUGUAGUAAAUGCAGAAGCUCUAGUUAAACUCAGAGUAAAAAAUUAAUUUUCCUCAAAUGUACGUCUACAAAAAUUCAUUUAACAGAUCAGAUAUAUCCAAGCUGCUUUUGGCUCAAGGCUUAGCCCCAUGUUUUCCAUAUAACUAACCAAAGGUUAGUCCUUUGGUUUAUUUAUACUUAUUAAAAAUGAAGCAUUGGUUUAACUUGGGGGGAAUUAUUUUUCCAUAGCAUUUUUUAGUCCUUAGAAAUGUAAUUGUCUAGAAGAUUCAUGUGACCUAUUUCCUGUGAUCUGUAAUCCCAUAUCAAAGUGACAGCCUUUCAUGUUGCACUAUAUGCUGAUUUUAAUAUUCUGUGUUGCUUCAAGUUGUGUAAGUAAACUGGCAACUCAACCUCUGUGAUUGCUUUCAGAGUAUAAGAAGUUAGACUCUCACCAAGCUAAAACAGCUGGUUACAAAACAAAAUAUAGUGUAUUUUGUAUUUGUGUAGGUGCAGCAUUUCUGUACCAUGUACCUUUUUAUUUUAUUUUUUCCGUAGACAUAUUUUAAAAUGUUCAACUGAAAAAACCAAUUAUUGUGCUUCAGAAAUUCUACUUACUUGUGUUUUCUAAUUAGUUGAUGACACUGUAUGUUGGUGGAAAGCCUGGUGCUAUCUGUAGCAUAUAUCUUUUACUUAAUGACUUUUAACAUCUUCAUUCUUUAUAGUUAAGCUUUUAUCUUGGUUCUCACCAGUUUCUCUUUACUAUUUUAUGGUGUUCCUAUUCCAUGCUGCCCCAUCAUUAAGCUUAUUUCCCUCAUAGCUACUCUUUCUGUGUGCCAUGUUGGUCUGCCUCCUCCUUUCUGUGAACUAAGUUCUUACGUUGCUUAAAGUGCUGGGUUAAUUUAAACUAUGAUGUCAAAUUUCUCUCACCCUAAUUUUCCAAAUUUGUAAAGUUGGGAUAAGUGACCCCACACCUGUUAUCAUUGUGUAUUAAUACCAGUAGCAAACUCACAUGCUGUUUAGCCAAAGCAGAACAACGGGAGGCUCUUGAUAUACUCCAAGGUUUACAGCAUAAAAACAAAAUAUGGGGGGGGGGGCUAAGGGGAGCAAUUCCCACCAAACCGCCUAGUGAAAGCGAACUACGUUCAGUGUCACAGAAUGCAAAGUGCUGAUGGGUGGGGAAGGUAGAGAAAUGGAGAACUGGAGCAGCGAAAGAAUGAAAUGGAUUAUCCACAUAGAAGGCAUGUCCGGCUUGCUAGAACAGUGAACAGGAGUAGACUACAAGUGCCACACUUCAAUUCCUAAAGGAGUACUGAAGGUAGCAAGCAAGAGAGUAGAAAGAUGAACUGCUAUUGGUUUCUGCAUUGAGAAGAAAAUACUAUUCUAUUCUGAGACAGUACUUUGCUGAUACUGCCAUUUUGGGUUCACACUGCUUUUUUCUUUUUGAAGUUGUGUGUGUGUGUGUGUGUGUGUGUGUGUGUGUGUUUAUUUCAUAAAAUUUAGAUACCUCUUGACUGUAAACACCCCCCCCCACUUCAAAACGUUUUACAAAAGAAACAACAACAAGAUCAAGGAAAAAUCACAACCCUACUUUAAAACAUCCAAAAAAUACUAAAACAGAUUAAAAUGACAUCAACUUUCUAAGCUUCUGGGUAGGCUUAAUUUUUCUAGAAGUUGACACAGUGUGGCAGAUUGAAUUGUUACUAGCCAGAGCUUGUUGAAUGCUUGAAGCUGGAAACAGCUUAGUGUGAGUAGAGGUCCUGGGUGUCUGAGGAUCCUUGACUAGAGGUUCCAGGCCAGACGUAUAUAGAAAUGCUGUAUUUUGAUUACAGUGGUACCUCUGGAUGCAAACAGGAUCUGUUCCGGAGCCCUGUUCGCAUCCUGAAGAGAACGUAACCCACGUCUGCACGUGCGUGGGUCUUGAUUUGCUGCUUCUGCGCAUGCGUGUGACGUCAUUUUGAGUGCCUGUGCAUGCGUGAGCAGCAAAACCCAGAAGUAACGCGUUCCGUUACUUUCUGUUCGCCGCAGAGCGCAACCCGAAAACGCUCAACCUGAAGCAACUUUAACCCAAGGUAUGACUGUACUUUGGUUUCUUUGUUUACAUAUGAAGUAACUGAUUGAUUAAUAUAGCAGUAGAAUAGCUCCCACUGUAAUUGUAUUUUAUAUCAUGGUAGGUUGAUGAUACUGGCAGAUUACUGUUAUUGAACAGCAAGUGAUUCUGGACCAGACUCUUAUAUUAAACUUUGUAAGCUAGUGUAAUGAAGAGUCGGACACGACUAAACAACAACAACAAGCUAGUGUAAAUGCACUUUAAAGGAAGCACGCUGUGUUCCACCCAAGUAAUUAUUCCAUAUUUUUAGUAAAAGGUGGUUAGAUUGUUACAAGGAAUUAAGCAUACAGCUUUGCCAUAGUGUAAAAGCUAAGAUUUUGAUGCAAACUUGCUCUUGACCCUUCUUCCCUAUUAUUUGAAAACCUGGAAUAUGUACAGAUCCAUAAUUCUGAGAAAUUCACUUCUAUAUGAUCGCAUGGAUUUAGUGAUACUCAAAAGGGGAGAAAAAUAAGAUUAAUCUAGGCUGCAGUUGCUUCUCUGCGUAGCACAUUCCCUGAUCCAUUGCUAAGUGUCAUUAGCAGCAAUGCAGAGGAGAGCGGUGGCGUUGAGAGCUGCAGCACAGGCUGACCUUCCUGAAAUAAUUACCUAGACAACGUGACAGUUAGGAAAUCCUACAUUCUUAAGGCUCAGAGUUGGUAAAAUGCAUACUGAAAUUAUGUGAGACAUGACAGUUUUCCAGAACCUCCAAAUCAGCCCCCUUAAUAUAUUCAAUAAUGGCAUCACACUAGCAUCCAGCCAUAAAUAAAGUCGGAGAUGACGCUUUUUUGGAUACUGCCUUUGCCAAAAACGCAGUGUGUUAGCAUAUAAUAUCUCUUUCCAUUUAGAUCAAAGAGAAUUCUGCAUAUUCUGCUCUGUUGUUCAUAAAUAUCUUGUACCAGUCCCUACAAGAGACUGAUGGCCUGAUAGUGCCACAAGUAGUUUAUAUAUUUUUUCCUGGCUAAGAGCACACAUCUUAGUGUAACUUACUGCCUUGUCGCCAUCUUUAAACCUGUCCAGAGUCAUACCCUUUUUCGAAUUUGUUCUUUACACAUUUAUGUGUCUGUGAUUGUACUAAAUUACCUCUGUUCCUAUCAAAGAUGUUUUCAUUCAUCUAUCAAAGCUUCCUUGAAGUACUUUUAUCUGGCAUACAUUUUAUGCUUGCUUAAAAUCACAGAUAGGUGUUCACAUAAUUGCUUCACAUGACAAUAUUGAUCAGAUGCAGCAAAUCCUUUUCUACAUACUUAAAUAAUAGCCCACUUAAACAAUAGCCCAAAGUGGUGUGCUUUGAGCUGUUGAUGCAAGCCUUUUUUCAAAAGAAGUAGUUUUUUCUUGAAAUUGGCUUGAACCGGAUAUAUACUACUCUACACAUCAUCCUUGGCUAAAUUUGAUGAUUAAUGGUUAUUUUAUAUAGGUUUAUAAACCUUAUAAGAAAACAGCAAAAAUAGUUUUGGUGUAGCUCUAUACAGCUUCAAAAGCAAUUGUACCAAUGUUUGCUUCUCACGUAAUGAUUCUGAAACUACCAUAUCUGCAAAGGCAAUUCUUAUAAACAUUGCCUUUGCAGAUGUGGUAGUUUCAGAAUAAACUCUUAUAAGCCACUCUUAUAGUGGCUGAAUUGAUACACUAAGAGCAAAAUGUAAAAGUUUUGUGUAGAAUCUAAAUGUUCAUAUAGUAACAUCUAGGAAGAUAUGCAAAAUAUUUCAUUGAUUGCUUUUUGUAAUUGGCUAAUACUGGAAAUAAGUGAGCCAACAUUUUUCCCAGGUGAAUUCUGUAAUGACACUGCUCAUCUGAAAGAAGAGCAUGGUGUGGAAAGUUAUUGAAAGGAAGCUCUUCUAAGAGGAAGAAAAUGUAAGAUGGGGAAGAAAAUUGAUUUGGUCAGCCAUAUGACCUUACAGCAAACUAAUAAUCCACAGGCACUAUUAAUGACAUUCCACUGCAUUUUGGUUUAAAAUUGGAAAAAUAAAACUGCUAAUUUUAGGCACAAAUGUUUAGGUUUAUCUUGGUAUAUGUAUUGUAUUUUUUUUUUUCCACAGAAACCUGCUAAUAUUUUAGUUAUGGGUGAAGGUCCUGAGCGAGGAAGAGUAAAAAUUGGUAUGUUUAUAUCUUUGAUAAGUCCCAGUGUAGCAUUUAAGAUAGAAUGUUCUAAAGGUACAGCUAACCAGGUUAAUACUUUCUGGAUCACACAUAAAACCCCAUAAAAUUAAAAGAGGUAAAAUUUGUUAAUGUUGGAUGGAGAAAAGUGAAGGACUCCUUUGCCUCUAAAAAUGUUGCUUUACAAUAGUACUGAAUUAUAUAAAUAUCAAUAAUAAAACGAACAUUAGUAACAGUUGUAUAAAGUGCUAUUGAGAGGGUAGAUAGAUUAUUCAGGGAUGGGAGACAAAUUUUAAAAGCUUAUAAGCAUUGCUUGAAGGAAAUUAAAACAGCAUUUUUAAUGGAUAAGAUAACAUUCAAUUUUUGUAGGGGGAGCUUCUUGUGACACAGAUUCCAUAUUCUAUAAAAAUGCUCUUUAAAAAAUAAUUAAACUCUAAUGUAGCAGUAAAAUUGGCAUAAUGGUAUGAUCCAGCAUGUUGCGGAAGUAUGUUAGUAUCCUAAGGACUUAAGUGUUUGCACCAGCAGAUGUUAAAGGUGAAUAUUUUCCUGUCCUCUGACUAAUUAUCUGAGACGGGCUGCCAACUUGAACAAAAUAUUGGGGAGGGGCAGGGAAGCCCAGCCCCACAUAAUCACAUGACGUGGCGCACACACACCAUUUGAAUGACAAUGCCCAUCAACUUUGAGGGGCGGCUCCCUCAAAUAUUUUAGGGGAGGCAAAGGGACCUCAGCCCCUAGAAUUUGGCUGCUAUGAUCUGAGAUGAAUUGUUUUGUAAUUGACAUAGAAUUCCAUACAUUCUUUUGAUUGUUCGAGACUAUUGAUCAACUGCCAAAAGCAGGGUUUUUUUUCUCAUUGGUGGCCCUAUAUAUGAAGUUCAAAAGGAAUAGAAUUAGACCAGUGUUGAGCACAUGACUCUUUAAAAGGUUUGUGAACAUACAAGAGUACUAACACUAGCAAACUGAGGUCCUUUUGUAAGCAAACAAUGGCUAUAAUUUAGGUCAGCCUCCCAACAUAUUUGACGUUAAUUGAAGUGGUGCUUCUUGUGAUGCAGACAGCUUUUCCCUUACUGGAAAUGGACUACCUGCUACUUUUGCAUGCAACAGCUAUGUACAACAUUUCAAACUAAUUGAUUGCUCCCCAAAAUGGUUACACUGCAUGGAUGGAUGUGAAAGAGACCUCUCCAGUUCAUUUAACCUAUCCAGUGCCAAGAAUGGCAAGAUGGACUCGUAAAAGUAUAAUAAAGCUGAAGACGCACUGCCUUAUUUUGACAACAGAAGCAACAACAAAAUUAUGUUUGGACUUCCACUGUUUAAGCAUUAAAACACACACACAACACACGUAUUUGAAUAUAAACACUGUACUUCCCACUCACCCCUCUCUUCUGGAGCUAUUGCGUUUUUUCCUCCAGCAGCUAAAUGUUUCUUACCUUCUAAGAUAGAAAAAGUUAAAUUGUUUUCAAUGUCUAAAAUGAAGCAUAAUACAGUUUUAAAUAGGGCUGUGAAUAGGCACACACGCUUGUUAGUAGGACAAAGGGAGAUGAAUUUAUCUCUGGUGAAAAUGAGAUCUGGAACCUUGCUCCUUAAAAACACACAGGCUUCACAGUCUUAAAGCUGGCUCAGUUCUUUGUAUGGUCUACAACUGCAACCUCGGAUCCCCAGGUCUGUUGGAAUUUGUAAAAUAACGAGCUGUAUGUUCGCGCCUACACUCAAACUGUAUGAAAUAGUUUUUCUUACAGAAGUUAAAUACUUCUCUGCUAUUUGAGUAUGGGUGCAAACAAUCCAGGUUUCAUUUGUAAAUUCUUCCUAAUAGGUGAAAAGUAUUGAGGCACUAGAAUAUAGCAGGAAUUGGGAAUUCUUCCCAUCUAAGCUUAAAUGCAAUUCAGCUACAAUCGAUAACAGCCUCAAAUAUCAGUUUUCUGUGAUAAAAGAGAUGGAAAUGUACCAGCUGCCUUAGUUCCUAAGAGCUGAACUGUUUUUGUCAGGUUAAUAAAGGACUGGCUUCUAAAAAUGGGAAAUCUUUCCAGCCUAGUAUACACCUGCCUUGUUUUCCCCAUAUAUAAAUCCUUGUGUGUUUUUCCGUUGGGCUGGACACCAGAUUUCCCAACUUUCUGAGGAAUGAUCAGCUUGAUUCAGAACCUGCAUGAUCAAAAGUGUGUUAGCUAUGAUUUAAUAAUGCUUCAUUUUCUGUACCAUGCUUUAGAAACAAGCUUAAAAGGAACUUUUUAAAGUUAGACUGAGGAUGUUUGCAGUGUGUGUCACAUUUGAGCUCACUCAUUUCUGAGUAAGCAGUCUGUGCGCUAAAAUUUAAAGCAUCUUCCCCCUCUUUUUACAGCUGACAUGGGCUUUGCCCGACUAUUUAAUUCACCUUUGAAGCCUUUAGCUGAUUUGGAUCCAGUAGUUGUAACAUUCUGGUAUCGAGCUCCAGAAUUACUGCUUGGAGCAAGGCAUUAUACCAAAGCUAUUGGUAAGUAAUGCACUGUAUACCUGAUUUUCCAUAUUUUAAAUUCUAAUUUUCCCUGGUGUGGUUUCCUUCCUUCCUUGUUUACAAAGAUGUCUACUCUUGAAAUCUUAGAAUUGGACGGAAUCACAAGGGUCGCCUAGCCCAACCACCUGCAAUGCAUUUUGGCAUUUGGAAAAUAUAGGAAAGCAUUGUGAUUCUAGUGUGGAAGAAAAGUGAUUCACUGAACCCUACUUUUUAAGGCUGAGUCUUCUAUCAUGUUUGGUUGCCCAAACAUGUGCAUCACUCUUAAGUUUUAAGUACUUCAGGGCACAUAACUGGCAAAGACCACAUUGAAUUUACAGAUGGUUUCACUAAUUAGAUAAGAAAUGCCAGCAACAUUUAAUUCUGAAGACUGAUUUGCAUUAUUGAAUAGUGUCAGGAAUGUUUUGGCUUUGAGCCAGACAUGCACAAGCAGCAUGAUGCUCUCACAAGGUGCCUCCACAAUUUUUUCUCAGAUUCCCCCCCACAUAGCAGCACCCCUCCAUAUCCUAUACAAUUCUGGAGGGAUCAUUCAGCUUUCACAAGUCUGCCUGCAAGCCUUUGAUUUUAGUAGACUUGAACCCAGAGCUUGAAACAACCUGUUUGGUUUGGUUGAAAUACUAUUGAAAAUACCUAUUUUUUCAGUGUGCUUUUGAGCACUUUCUUUUAUCCAAGUCCUCGAUACUAGAAGUAACUGUGCAAAAGCCCUCAUUGACUGAAUUCAAAAUGUUAGUGAAGCACUUUAUUUUGUCUGACAGUAAUCAGUUUCAUUGAGUUUUAAGUGCUAGUAUUAUGAAAGAAAGAAAUUUCUCCCCAGUGAUGAUCUUUCGUAUGUCCCCUUUAAACUCCCACCACCUUCAGCCUCUCCUUGUGGGAAAGGUGCCAUGAUUCAGUUCCUUGAUUGCUGUGAUAUACACCCUUUCCAAGUCUGUUAUAUCCUUUUUGAGAUGGAGCAAGCAGAGGUGCACAUCAAAUUUCCAAAUGCAAAGAGACCUUAGAUUUAAAUAGAAGCAUUACAGUUCUGACUGUCUUAUUUUCAAUCCUUUUCUAAUCAAUCCCUAACAGUGGCCAUCCAACAUGAGCUGAAGAACUGUAAGGAAGGGGCUAUAGCUCAAUGAUAGAGCACCUGCUUAGCAUUACAAAUGUCCCCAGUUCCAGUUCAUGAUACUUUUGUGUAGGUCUGGAAAAACUACUGACUGAAAUCCUGGGGUCCUGCUGUCAGUUGGGUGUUGACAAUACUGAGCAAGAUGGACCAACAGGACAAGGCAGCUUCUUAUGUCUUCCUGGCUAGUUACCACCAAUGCAGAUACCUGCUUUGCUAUAUAUGAAAUUAUGGUUAAAAACAACAACAAUGCAGUUUGCAUAGUCUUCUUUUGCUCAUUUUUCUCUAGUAUCAGUGUUAAAAUUAGUAAUGCAUUGAUUUUGCUAAAUACAGCAGCAGCCUAUCUAGCUGCCUGUGUUCUAUGUGUGUUUUUCAUGCUCCUGGUUAUUGGCUGAUGGUAAUGAGAAGAGGAAGUAGAGAAAAAUUGAAUGUUAUAUGAGACAGAGACACAAUGUGUAACAAGAGAUAGAGCUAAAUAUUCAGCUAUUGUGGAAACUGAACAUUUAGCAUAACAUUAGUUUAGUCUACAUUCCUUUAACCUCAGCAAAAUGUUCAAUUUUUAAAUGCAUGGGGUCAUGUGUAAAAUCUUAAGGAAUAAAGGGGAAAUGGAAUUGUCUGUAGAAAAUGUACAUAUAACUUAAACAGAGUUGCUUGCUUUGAGAGGCCAUGUGUAGCCUCUGCUGCUGUUCUUCAGACUAUGCUUUCUCCUUUCAGAAAAGACUGUUUGAUUUUUCCUUCCUCCUUUUUCGUAAAGAUAUUUGGGCUAUAGGGUGUAUAUUUGCAGAGCUGCUAACAUCUGAGCCAAUAUUCCACUGCCGACAAGAGGACAUAAAAACUAGUAAUCCAUAUCAUCAUGACCAGCUGGACAGAAUAUUCAAUGUAAUGGGAUUUCCUGCAGGUACAUAUUCUAUACAUUCAUUACUGAUGUACUCCAGGCUAUACGUAUCUCCAGUACCAUUUUAAUAGGACUGGCAUAUUCUUUGUGCCAUAAUAUUUACUGAAAAUCUAGUAGGCUUGAAAGAAGCUACAGUAGCCAUUGGAAAAUGUCAAUUUGCCUGAUCUUUUUGUGGAUGUGCAUAGGUUUAUGCACGGCCUACAAAGAACACUGUGAAAUUGAUCCCCCCCAAUAUUUUUAUUUCUUGAAAGUUCUUAUUGUCUUGAUAAAAAGAAACAAAAUCUUGAGGGCUGAUAGUAGUAUUUACUGCAGGAGUCCUCAGACAUUUUGGACUGGGCAUAUUUUAAAAUAUUUUGUGGGCUCACAAAAUACAUUUUUCACAGAAGACAAACUGAUGAUGCUCAGAGCCCCCACUCCCACCCCAAACUGACAAAAACACAAAGCAGGCAGCUGCCCCUCCCCAAAAAACAAAUAGGUGAAAGUUCACUUUUAAAAAAUAAACUAUUGGGAGGGGAGGGGCAAAGGGCCUUGGUAGGUAGGCUCUGGGAUGCCCAUGUGAAUCAUGUUGGGGAUUCAGACCUACUGUGUUAAUUUCAUUGUGCACUGCUUUGCCUACUUCCAUAGCAAAAAUUGGUCUAUAUUAAAAAUAGGUGUCUCUUUGGUGACUCUGAUCUAGUGUUGCUGAGGCGACUGAGAGAGGAUAUUUUGUCCACUCAUAUUCAUCUUCAUCAAUGGUGAUCAGAAAGCAAAGUUUGGCAUAUAAAGAGGAGAGUGAAUUAUGGUUUUGAAUGUGCAAGUGAUGAUGUCCUAUUUCCUAUGUAGAGAAAGAUGAAAGAGUGCUAUUAAUAUUCAAUUCAUAGAUAAAGAUUGGGAAGAUAUUAAAAAGAUGCCUGAACAUUCAACGUUAAUGAAAGAUUUUCGAAGAAACACGUAAGUUUUGCAAAGAUCUAAGUAAUUGUGAUGAUUUCUACUGCAUCAGGGGUUCAUACAUUCAGGAACCAGGCUUCCUUGGCAAUUGCCUCUUUCCUCUCUCUGGUGACCACCCCUUCCCCACAAAGAUAGUUGCACCUCUGAGUUUUCUGAGAACAGCUGGGAACGGGUAUGUCAUGUCACACUACAGGUUUGUAUUGAUAACCAUGUUGUUUGUGAAAAAGCCCAGUGGAGGCCAGUAAGUUUGAAGGGAUAUGUACUGGCCCUUCUUGGUUUAGUGGAUCCUUGUGUGUUCUGCAUGAUUUUCUGAAGCUGUUUGAAACAAGCAAUAACUGUUAAUUUUCUCAUUGUAUAGAUACAUUUGAAGCUACAUAGCACAUAUAAAAUUAGUGUCUUGGCUAAAGAGACAGUUUGUUGCAUUAAAAUCUAUUGUGCUUUAAAGGAUUGGUUUUUUUAUGUGUCGUAAUAUUAUGUUUUAAGCAUUAUCAAACUCAUAACUACUAGAAGUAUGUGCAUCUUAUAUUGUACAAGAGGGAUACUGGUUGCUAACCAAAUCUAAUAAUGGGAAGUCAUUUCUAUGUGGCUGGUAUUAAAAGCAGUGUGUGGCCUCAGGCUACUUUUACAGCGCUGGCACCCUUUUGAAUCACAGAUGGACCAGACAAUUCAGCACAACCAAGUUCAUUAGCAAGACCUAUUGGUUUUAUCCUGUCCUCCAGAUUUGUACUUUCUAUUCAGCUUGAUGCAUUGUUGUGACUUACUGUUUUCUUUCAGGUAUACCAACUGCAGCCUUAUCAAAUAUAUGGAAAAACAUAAAGUUAAGCCAGAUAGCAAAGCAUUCCACUUGGUAAGACUUGGAUAGUAUCAAAUUGUUUGCUUGUGAAUUUUUGCACAGUUUCUGGAAGCAUUAAUUUGAAUCGUUUAAAUUGCUUUUCAUUGCAUCUCUUCACAAAAGCAUUGGUUGUAAAGUUGAAUUUCUGUGCCAUUUCAUAUUUCAUAGUAAUUCAUGUCCAGAGUAAAACCCUAUGAUCUAAUUAAUAGUUUACUACUCCCAAGUGCUAGGCGAUAAGUCAGUUUUUAACAUUUCUGCAGCACGUAUGGUGGCAGUAGAUUUCCUUCCUUUUUUAACAUGCCCUGACAACCUGAUAAUUUGGAUAGCUAUUAGUUGUAUCAACAGACUGCUGUGGUCAAGUGAUAGCUAAUGAUAGAAUUCAACGUGGUGCUAAGGAGAUUGCUUUGCUUUCCCAAUGAAACAAUCUCCCCUCUCUCCUGUGCACACUGUUCUGGGGGUUCUCCUGACCCUCCAGAGCAGAUAUGGGGGAGGCAUGACGUGGCGUGUGCAGAUGGGAAGGCCUUGUAUUGGUUCCUGCUAGUGGAAGAUUUAGUUGACUCUGGCCCAAUAUUCCUUUCAUUAUCUUGCUUAUUUACUGCGUACCUCCCUACUAUGGAAGGGAAAUAUGGGGCUGAGGCUUCCACUGAGAAGGUUGUUCUUCUUGUUUGUAUACUCAGUCUGUUCCUUAUGUUGAGUUGUUUGAAGACUGGGAUGCAAGGAUUUGCAUUGAUAGGUAUGUGUAGUAGCAAAUUUAUCAUGUAAUAUGGCUAGCUUAAGGAUAUGGCUUUUCCUCACCCCAGAAGGCCAUUUAUCCUUGUAUAUGCUUCAGAAUCCUGUUGCAUCCAACAUGCUAUCUUAACACCUAUUGUAAAACAGCUGCAAGCCUUAUUUUAGAGAGUACUCAAGUAGCCUAAAAAAUAAGGACUUCUCAAAGUAGGCAUGAAAACAAAACUAAUGACUGAAAUGAUCUAAAGAUCUAAAGGGAGCACAAGGAGCCCUAUUUUUACUGUUAUUAUUUUUGAAAAACCAACCCCUCUUCUUUUGUUAAGCAUGAGGUGACAACUGUUGGCUGUGAAUAGAUGUAUCAAUCGACUGGAGUAUUAGAUGACCAGAUUCAGUUAAUAUUUAGAUGAAGAAAAUUAUUUUUCGCCUUUUAGCUGCUGGCCCUAAAGCCAGUGUUUUUCUUUAAUCUGCCCAGAUUUUUUUUUAAAAAAAUUAAGCACAAAUCUCUAACACAGCCUGAUCACUUGUAAGGUAUUAUUUUUUAUGACUAUGCAUAAAUUUGGAAGGGGUAGAUUUGCUAAAAUACAAAGCAAGGAUAUCCUCUACCCCCCACAGCCUUAAACCCAGCAAUCCAAAACCAUUUCACCAUGUGCUUUUAUCACAUGGGCUAGGUUCACUACCAGAAUACUUGGGAAGAAUGUUAAGUAUAUUGGAAAGCGCAGUGAGAGGUUGUACUUAUAUAGUGUGAUGGGCCUAUAACAUUAACAACCUUGAAUUGUUUGUACAGUACAGUAGAAAUUAAACCUACUGCACUAUAGGUGUGAUAUGCUCUGUGGCCCAUUUAUGUGAGCAAGUAAGUCUUGUAACUGCAGCUUUUCCAUGGGUAGCAUUUUAUAGAUCAUAUAAACCUAAUUCUCAGAUUAUGGAAGCCUAGAUUAUUAGGAACCAGGUUAUAUUGAAACAUAUCAUUAGUCCAUCUAGCUCAAUAUUCUGUCAGCAGCUCUUCAAGUUUUCAGAUGGGGGUCUCUCCCAGUCAUGCCUGGAGAUUCUGGAGAUUGAACCUGGUACCUUCUGUAUGCAGAGUAUAAGCCCUGCCACUGAGCUAACUAGACUUUAUAAGCAUACAGUGGUGCCUCGCAAGACGAAAUUAAUCCGUUCCGCAAGAGUCUUCGUCUAGCGGUUUUUUCGUCUUGCGAAGCAAGCCCAUUGACGGAUUAGCGCUAUUAGCGCUAUCAGCUGUUUAGCGGCUAUUAAAGGCUUAAAGGCUUAGGGGAUUAGCUGCUAAAAGGCUAUUAAAGGCUAUUAAAGGCUUAGCAGAUUAGAUAAAGGGGGGGGAAAGCGAAAAAAACCUCAAGACUCGCAAGGUAUUUUCGUCUUGCGAAGCAAGCCCAUAGGGGAAUUCGUCCUGCGAAGCAACUUCAAAACGGAAAACCCUUUCGUCUAGCGGUUUUUCCGUCUUGCGAGGCAUUCGUCUUGCGGGGCACCACUGUAUAAGGAAGCUUUGUAUAUUCACAUUGUGGUGAAAUAUUUUCUUGAUUGAUUUGACAGCACUGAAUGUCUUGUGUUUUUAACUAUGCAUAGCUACAGAAAUUGCUUACUAUGGACCCAAUAAAGAGAAUUACCUCAGAACAGGCUAUGCAGGAUCCUUAUUUCUUAGAAGAUCCACUUCCUACAUCUGAGUAAGUGGUCAGUUUACUAGAUACUAUCUGUGCAGCUCUUUAAAUGCUUUAUUGCUUUCAGUGUCACAGCGUGACUUGGUGGGUGUGGAAUGGAGGAAUGUUCUGAAAAUAACAAGUGAGAUGCUCCUUCUUGAUAAGUUAUAAGAAAUGGCUUUACUGUGCCAUUUGCCAUUUUGAAGUAAUAUUCCUAUUAAUCUUGUCCUGAGCCUUUGAUCCCAUUAGUCAUAGCAAUAAUCCUGUUACUCACUGACAGGUUGAUUAUGCAUGCUAUAGAUCUUCAUAGUCAACUGCUAACUGCCUGCAGGUCCACUUGAAAUUAUAGAUGACAUUCUAUAAUAAGUUUAUAUUUAUUUGAAAACUUGAUGGGUGGACUAUGGUGAGGAUGGGGACCGCCUUCCAACUUCACAACCAAAGUCUGGAUGUAGGGCAUAUUCAUGCACUUUCUUUGUUUUUAAAUAUAACGAUUUGCUUUUUAAACAUCCGUAUUCUCAAUAUGUAGGCAAGACUUUGAAGUUCGUAUUUGAAAGACAUGACUAUUUCUUUUGUGUCAAAGAAUAUUUCACUGGCAAGUUGGUAAAACUAUUUCAACCUUAAUUUGAUGAUUUAUGCACCCAAUUUGCUUUUUGAUGUUUUACACAUAUGUAUGGGCAAUGGGUGCAGCCUUUCUGAAAAUGAAAUUCACAGGCACAUACUGACUUUAGAACAAACUUGGUUUUCUUCCAUCAUAUGAUUUGUUUGGUGUAGCCUAAACUGCCCUUGGGAAAUAUCCCUUUCUUCUUUAAAUCAUAAAUUGGUAUCUCAACUUAUUAGAAAAAUAUUUAGAUACUAAUAGCUGCAGAGAUCUGUAUGCAAAACAAUAGGUAUAAUUGCCCAUCAGUUAAACUGUGCAAACACUGCCAAAAACAUAAAAUUUUGCAAAAAUUAUUCUUUCCCUACUAAUUAUCAAUAGGAAGGAGGUAGAGUAUGGAAGACACAUCCAUGACCCUUGAUCUCACAUUUUUAAAACAACAGGAUGAAUAUGCACAGCAUUCAAUCUUUGGUUGUGAAGACUAAAGGUAGCCAGUUUUUUUGUGUAGAAGCAGAAUAAAAUUUGCAAAAACUGCAAAUAACUGCAAUUUCAGUGUCUUCUGCGAUCUUCUUUGUGGACCUCUACAUCACUAACGAACUGAUUUUUUAAAAAAUGCACAGAUUUUUAUAAAAUCUUUCAUGACUAAUUCCUCUAUUUGUUCCAGUUCAAAGUGUGUACUGAUUACAUAUUUGGGUCUCAUUGCCCCAACUUGUUAGGCAAGGCAAAACACAGCCAGAGGGGUUUUACAUUCCAGUCCCAUAGCAGAAUAUGAAUACUUAACUGAAGAGCUUUAAAGAGGCUAUCAGAAGUACUUGACCUACUUGAAAGGUAUAAAUAGGCUGCAGAACUUAUUGUGUGUAAGUCAGUAUACCCAAUAAACUCUGUAUACAAUACCAAGUAAACAAGCACAGUGGUCUGAAGCUGUAUGAUGUAUUCUGCAUCAGAAGCUAAGGAGCUUAUUGCUGGCCUUGUAAACUUCAUAGGAGAUCGCCUAGGACCAUUUCUAAGCUGUUUUGAGCUCCUCAGAGGAAGAGUGGAGUAUUAGUGUAAUAACAUAAAUGUGCAACAUAAUACCAUGGUGUCCCUGGGCCUUUCUGAGGAAUGUUUUAUCUCUCUUUACCUCAACACUCCAUGGAAGAGAUUACUAGUAAACUGGAUUUGAAUGGGUGUUUAGUGAAUUCAGUUUCAUUGCUGGGACACAUACUGGUCUAAACUAUUGCUUCUUCUAUCACCCACUGUAGAACGCUGCAAUAUCAAUUACUUCUGAUACAUAUCUUUCUGGAUUCUUAUUCUGCCAUCUUCCUAUCUCUUAUCAUCACCACACAAGUCCCCAAAAGGGUUGUCCCACCCAAAUUAAUGGGGACCCUAGUAGCUAUUUGAAAUAUUUGUUUAAAGUGUUUUUGGUGGGGGUUUUUUUUUAGCAAACCUGAGCCCCUUUAUACUCCCUUUAUUCCUCAACAAUUAUGGGAUCCGUUGUCAUGUGGUAUUCCAUCUUUCCCCUACAUUUUCUGGGUUGUUUUUUUAAAUAGACCUUUAACUUGCAUCUAACUUUCUAAGCUAUCAGGAGUCUGAUUUGCCCUGUUGAAAUGAAUAAUAAAGUGAAACUAUCAAAUGCCUGAGUUAACAUUGAUAGGGCAAACAUACAACCCUGACUCUCUUAUUUAUAAUACUCAUUUUUUAAUGGCUAUUAGACUUUUGGGGUACAUCCCUCCCGCCCCCAGCACCAGUAUUCACUUAGACAGUCACUAGGAGCCCAGUAUUUCACUUAGACAUUUUUUGGAUUUUGUUUUUCUCUUCUGUUAAUGAGCCCACUUUUUCACUUAUGCAUUUCUUCUGUUUCUCCUAUAGGGCUUCCUUGAUAGCCCACUGAGGAAUUUAAGUUAAUAUGUGCUCCAAUAGCUUUUCGGUUGGAAUAUGUUUUUCGAAUGUGAUACCAAUAAGAUUUCUACCACCCUUCAUCAACAGAUCUCAGGGGCAGUUCACAAGACGAAAUUAAUCAUUAUUUCCAGCUAGGACUUUUAAAGUGGUCCAUUGGUCACAACAGCAGGCUGAUACAGUAAAAAAAGAAAAGCAUGAGAAUUAUAACUUGAACAUUCAAAGAAGAUUGGCACAGCCCCUCUACAAAGAUUAUAUGCAGAUGUGGGGGGGUGUGAAAUGGGCUACUGGUUUCUGAUUGGCUUUUAUUUGCUGUUCUUUUAUAAUGUUGCACAUGUUGCUACUGUUAAUUUUAAAUAGAUCUACAGAUAGAGAGUAUAAAUCAAAUGAUAAUGGCUUACAUGGUCACAGGUAGGUGAUCCAUAACAGCUGUCCUUACGUUAGAUAUGCAGUCUCUUCACUGAUUCCUUAGCAAAAAGUUCAACAUGGAAUUGGGAAACAUGGAACUGAAGACAGCUUGCAAUAACUUUAGCUUUAUUUGCAUGGGAAAUAUUACUUGAAAAUAAAACUAUGGUACAAAAUAGGUUAGGGGGCAAGACAUAUGAGCAAGAAGAGAUGAAUCAUCAUAGAAUUUAGUAUUUCCAGUCUUGUAUAGAAAUGGGGCAGAGCAUUUUUCAGCUUGUCUUAGCCAGAAAAACGUGUUUGGGAUGACUUGCUGGUAUAUGGUAAAAACAGCUAGGAAACUGUGUCACUUGGCUUCUUACUAAAAUGGAGGCUUGCAAGUCUAUGCACUGGCAAACUUGUGCUUGGGCUGUAAUAUAGUCCAUUACUAAACUCUGUAUUAUAAGCAGUGUAUUUAAUUGAUAGCUGGAGAUCUUCUCUCUUACUGAAGAAACUGAUAGCCUUUCAGAACAAAUUGUCAUACUUGGAACACUUCAAAGACUAAAGUCACUUCCUAAAAGACUAAAAUCACAAAUGGCAAGUGACACAUAAAGCAGCUUGAACCAGGAUGAAAACCAUUUUAUUACCAUUAUUAAUUAUGGGACACAUUUUUUUUCUAGUAGGGAUUUAUGCUCUUUGCUUACACACACAAAAUGAUUGCUUCUUUUUGUUUUUAUAUUUGCAGUGUGUUUGCAGGUUGUCAAAUCCCAUACCCAAAACGAGAAUUUUUAACUGAAGAAGAGCCUGAUGAUAAAGGAGACAAAGUAGGUAUUUAUUUGAAGGUUAAAAUGAGAGAAAUACAUUUAGGAGGUGUAUUUUGUUAAUCAGGUUGGACAAUUUUAUAAUUACCAAGUUGUUAAGGCAAUCAUAUUUUUGAUAGGGUUAAUGGAUCUGAUUUCAAGCAUUUAAGUUACUGAGAGUACAUGAUUUAUUAUUCCAUACUUUUACAUAUAUGUCCCUGAUUGUUGCUACUACUUUUUUUUAACCAUUUCCUACCAAGAUAAGAAUUAUAGCAUAAAAUAAAUUAAUAAUAUGAUGAGAUGAAGGUUAAUUAAUAUGGAUAGAAGUUAACAUUAAUUAUGGGUCAUUCCAACUCUAUACAUCAGACAUGGCAAGAAAUUGAGAACUUCUGCACCAUUUCAGUUUACAUAAAUAAUAUAGAAAAAAAUUAAUAUCAGUAAUCAGAUCUGAUCCAUGGCUUGUAGAAUAAUAAGGUUUAGAGCAUUUUCAUGGUACCUAAUUUGAAGUCUUUUUAUUAUCUGCAACUCUAGAAAGUGAUGAUUCCAAGUUCCUUUCAUGUUAACUUAUUUUGAAUAAGGCUAUAAUCCUAAAAUGCAUAGUUGAAAACAUGGCAAAUAAAUUGGGCUUACCUCUGAAUAAAUAGUUAUGAUAGGGCUGUAUGGUAUGUUUAUAUUUGAUUUUAAUUUGUUUGCAUACUUAGGUGGAAAUAGUAAAGUAAUUAUUAUUAAGUAAUUAGUGGCUUUGUGCCUGACUUAGCCUUACACAAGACUGGAUGCUUCCUACCCAUGAACUCCCUCUGAGCUGUAUCUUACAUUUUUUUCUUUAACAAAUUGAGAAGAACCAGCAGCAGGGCAAUAACCACACAAAUGGAACUGGUCAUCCAGGGAACCAAGACAACAGUCAUACGCAAGGGCCUCCCUUGAAAAAAGUGAGAGUUGUCCCUCCUACCACUACCUCAGGUGGACUUAUCAUGACCUCAGAUUAUCAGGUAUUUCUGUUUUCAGCUUUCAGUUUUGUUAUGGUACUGUGAAUCAUUUAUAUUAGCUGUUAUGUCCAUACCUACUAAAAGUUGUAUUUUUAAAAUCUAUUUGAAUAUAUGUUUUAAUUGUUAAACACAACUGAUUCAAGUCAAAAGGCACCAGUGGAGACCUGCACAGUGUGUCAUUGCUAACUAGUUCAGUUCAUACAUCGUGCCACACUGUGGUAUGAAGCACUUGAACUGUGGUUUGAGUCUCAAAACAGAUAAUGGACAACCCAUGGUUUGGAGCUGUUGGUCUGGUUUCAUUUCCCACCCUCUUAACAAUUAGCUACAUAAGUUGAAUCCAUGGUGCAACAAUCUCUAGAGCUGUAGAAAUAGCUGCCAUAGUUGUCAUUUCCGUUGUGUUAAACAUGGCAGCAUUUGACCAGCCACAUAUGUAAUAUUCUUUCUCUCUCUCUCUCUCUCUCCCUCUCUCCUCCAAUGCGUUGCUCAGCGUUCCAAUCCCCAUGCUGCCUAUCCAAACCCUGGACCAAGCACAUCACAGCCACAGAGCAGCAUGGGAUAUUCAACUACCUCCCAGCAGCCUCCACAGUACUCUCACCAGACGCACCGGUACUGAGCUGCACCUAAAUAAAGUCAAUGCACUGUUGCUAAGGCUGCAGGACUGGCCGUGCUGCUGUCUGCCUGGAACCUGGCGUUGGGCUGCAAGAAUGUACUGUAAACUAUCACAUUUUCAAAAUGUCUGAUAGCCAAGUUCCACUACUUUUCACAGGCUGGGAGUAGUGGCUCCCUCAGAUUGUACCCAUUAUGGAAUUAGACUUGAAAAGAAAGUACUAGCACAGUUUGUGUUGUGGAUACGCUACUUCCAUAGUUUACUUGACAUGGUUCAGACUGACCAAUGCAUUGUUUUCAGUGACAGUCUGUAGCAGUUGAAGCUGUGAAAUGUGCUAGGGGCAAGCAUUUUUGUUGUUGUGAAUUCUAUUGAUGUUAACAACGUUAUCUGACCAAUAGUACGCAAAAUCUCUUUAACUGGUAUUUGAAGCAUACAGUAUGUGUUAAUGAGAUGAAAGCAAACUAACCGUGGCUCCAAUUGAGAAUUUUUUUUAUAUACAUUGACUUUUAGUGACUUUUUUGUGGGUUGAUUCAUUUUCCACAUUGAUCAAUGUUUUAUGACCAACAAAUUUGCUAGAGAGAGAUUUUUUUAAAGACACAAAAAAUGAGCAUUUUUCCAGCAGAUUUACAAGCCUCCCAAAGAUUAAUUUUCAGCAUAUGUUUAUUUUGUUCUCAAAUCUAUGACUUGACUGGUAUUAAAGCUGCUAUUUGAUAGUAAAUGAGUGUGUUACUGAGAUAAACCUGUUUGGUUCAGCAACCAACUAAAAUGAUUGUCAUAGACAGUGUUUUAUUUUUCCUGUUGGUGUUAACUGAUUUGUGAGCAUGCUUGGAAUUAAAAAAAAAAGCAUGAGUGACGUUCCCUGCAAACAAACAAGCAGUGCAGCAUUCAUUCAGAUAUUUUUGUCAUGAUUUUUUGAGAGCUGGCUUGAUGUAGUGGAUUUUAAAUUUUAAUUAUUUUUAAAUAUGUUCGCACGUUGCUUUAGGGUCUCCCUUAUUAAAGCAAAGGAUUAAGGUGUUAGGAGAACCUUAGAAUUUGAGGAAAAGCUAUACCAUACAAUGUACUGUAUCAAACUAUUUUACAUGAAUGACGCAGGUAUUCUGAAUUUUAAAAGAAAUCAACAUUGUUAAAAACAAGGUGUUACAUAAUAAAAUUAUUUUUCAUAAAUCUGCAAA